GCUGCGGCAGCGGACUGCGGAGUCAAGAUGCGCCCGAAGGAGCAAGUGCAGAGCAGUGCGGGAGACGAGACCGGGUCGGGGGACCCAGCAGCAGGCACCCCCAUGACCCAGCCUGCAGCGGGUCCCGCUCCGGAGCCCUCGGCGGAGCCCAAACCUGCUCCAGCGCAGAAAACCCGGUCGGGACAGAAAUCAGGAUCUCGAACCAAGACAGGAAGCUUUUGUCGGUCCAUGAUCAUUGGCGAUUCGGACGCACCAUGGACCCGCUACGUAUUCCAGGGGCCUUAUGGUCCCCGGGCCACUGGCCUGGGUACUGGAAAGGCCGAGGGAAUCUGGAAGACACCAGCCGCGUACAUCGGCCGGAGGCCCGGCGUGUCCGGCCCUGAGCGCGCGGCGUUUAUUCGAGAGCUGCAGGAAGCACUGUGUCCUAAUCCACCACCCACGAAGAAGAUCACCGAAGAUGAUGUCAAAGUGAUGCUGUAUUUGCUGGAAGAGAAAGAACGGGACCUGAACACAGCCGCUCGAAUCGGCCAGUCCCUGGUGAAACAGAACAGUGUCUUGAUGGAGGAAAACAAUAAACUGGAAACCAUGCUGGGCUCAGCCAGGGAGGAGAUUUUACAUCUCCGGAAGCAGGUGAACCUUCGAGAUGACCUCCUUCAGCUCUACUCGGACUCUGAUGAUGAUGAGGAGGAGGAGGAAGAGGAGGAAGAAGAGGAAGAGGGCGAAGAGGAGGAAGGAGAAGGGCAGAGGGAUCAAGAUCAGCAGCAUGACCAUCCCUAUGGUGCCCCCAAGCCGCCCCCUAAGGCUGAGACAGGGCACCACUGCCCACAGCUGGAAGCCCUGCAGCAGAAGCUGAGGCUGCUGGAGGAAGAGAAUGACCACCUGCGAGAGGAGGCCUCCCACCUUGACAACCUGGAAGACGAAGAGCAGAUGCUCAUUCUGGAAUGUGUGGAGCAGUUUUCUGAAGCCAGCCAGCAGAUGGCAGAGCUGUCGGAGGUGCUGGUGCUGAGGCUGGAAGGCUAUGAGAGGCAGCAGAAGGAGAUCACUCAGCUGCAGGCCGAGAUCACCAAGCUUCAACAGCGUUGUCAGUCUUAUGGGGCCCAGACAGAGAAACUGCAGCAGCUGCUGGCCUCAGAGAAGGGAAUCCACUCAGAGAGCCUGCGAGCUGGCUCCCACAUGCAGGAUUAUGGGAGCAGGCCUCGUGAACGCCAGGAGGACCGGAAGAGCCAUCGUCAGCGCUCCCCAGUGCCUACAGGCUCUGUCACCCACUAUGGAUACAGUGUGCCUCUGGAUGCACUUCCAAGUUUCCCAGAGACACUGGCUGAGGAGCUCCGAACAUCUCUGAGGAAGUUCAUCACUGAUCCUGCGUAUUUCAUGGAGAGAUGUGACACUCAGUGCAGGGAGGAGCGAAAGAAGGAGCAGGGGGCGAUGCCACGCCCACCGGCGCAAGAUCUCAAGCCACCCGAGGAUUUUGAGGCUCCAGAGGAGCUGGUUCCUGAGGAGGAGCUGGGGGCCAUAGAAGAGGUGGGGACGGCUGAGGAUGGGCUGGCAGAAGAGACAGAGCAGGCAUCUGAGGAGACCGAGGCCUGGGAGGAGGUGGAACCGGAGGUGGAUGAGACCACAAGGAUGAGUGUGGUGGUCUCUGCCCUGGAGGCCAGUGGCCUGGGCCCUUCACACCUGGACAUGAAGUCCGUCCUCCAGCAACUGUCCAGCUGGCAGGACGCCCAUUCAAAGCGGCAGCAGAAGCAGAAGGUGGCCCCGAAAGACUCCCCAACCCGGCAGCGGCAAACAAACAUGGGGGGCGGGAUCAUGGAGCAGCAGCCCAGAGUGCCAACCCAGGACUCUCAGAGGCUGGAGAAGGACAGGGCCAGUCAUUCUUCCAGUGCCAGGGAGGAAGAGGGGCCUUCUGGGGCCACCUAGGCCUGGAACAAAGGCCUCUUCCAGCAAGGGCCACAGUUGGACCAAUCCCCCGCCCCGGGUGAGUGUGGGACUCCUGCAGGGUGGUAGGGGUGGUUCAGGGUCUCCUCUGCCUAUCUAGAAACCCCAGCUUUUGGGAGUUACGUGCUCUGAGGGCAGGCCUUUUAGGCCCUCCCUAUGAGGAGCAGUCCGUGAAAUCAGAUGAUUUAGCAUUUGAUCUUUUUUUGUGUUAGCUCCUUUCGUCUUCAUGGCCCUGUGGGUGGGUAGAUGUGAUUGUGCACCAUUUAUUAGAAGAGGAACCUGAAGUUCAGAGAUCUGAGAUGACUUGGCCAAGGUCAUACAGCUAGGAGCAGAUCUGAGCUGGUGUCUAUGAGUACUGAACCCCUGGCCUGGUCUCACUGCUGCCCACACCUCCUGCUCCCAUUCCUGUGCUCCACCUGAAGUUUUGGCAGCCUCCUUCGUGUCGUGCUGAUGCCCUUCCCCCCCCCCCUUUUUUUUUUGGCACCAGUGGGUGGAACAUCACUGGAUGCAGCACAGUAAGAUCAGUCAGGUUGUGAGCUGAGUCAGCACUUCUGUGGCUGACCACAGGAGACCUGAGUAAGGGCCAGUGGUGGUUUUCUGUCGUCUCCUGACAGGGAUGACUGGGUUUGAAUGUGGUCUGGCUCCUGGUUCACAUCCACCCCCUUCUCUUCCUGGCUUUGCUGUUUCCCAGCAGCCUGAAGAAGCCUCACGGACAGCUUGAGACCCCUCCUUCUACUUACUGCCUGGCCAAGUACCAGCCUUCCUUUCUUUCCUCUGAAAUUACUCCCCUCAUGUCUGCCAGAAGUUUUUCCUCUGUCCUCAUAGACCUGCCUCCUCUUGUAGGACAGGCUGAAAGAACCCUGGUCCCUCAUUCUGAAACUGGGGCCAAAGCUGUGGCUCCUGGAGCCCCAGGAGUGGAAGCAACCUGUGGGCAGAUUGGCUGGCUACUAGACCCAGCUCUGAGAUGGGUAUGAAUGGGCAUGUCCCUAGGGUAGGCAGUUACUGGGGGGAAUCCUCUCUAUCCCUUGAACCUUUCAUGUAAAGGGACUUCCCCAGUCCUUGUUGGCUUUUGGAACCUGGUCCUUUUUGAUGUUUUUUACCUUUCUCUGUUUCUAUCACUGUGUGUAAUGUAAAGUGUAUCUGAGUGAGGGUUGUGUCCCUCUGCCCAGUGCUGUCUCUGUCGCCUGUGACCUGUGAGUUUCCUUCUAGAGUUCUACCGGUCUCCACAUCUGUGCUCGCACAGAGCUAUGGCCUCAGCGCCUGCCCUGCUUCUGCAGCGCUUUAUAGUCUUGUAGCUCGUCAGCCUUUCUAUUGAUGUAUGUGACAGUGUGGGAAAUAAAGAACUUGU